AUGGGCAACACUGCAAUGUGUAAAGUGUGUGGCACAGACAAGGGUCUGAAAGCUGCCACCAGUCAGACCAACCUGGACCAGAAUGCCUUUCCAGAGUACUAUUGUGAGGAGCACUACCCACAGCAGCCUCCUCAGAUGCUGUCGGACAGUAACACCAGUUUCCUGCGAGCAGCCAGAGCAGGGAAUAUCGACAAGAAUGGACUCAACGCUCUGCAUCUGGCGGCUAAAGAAGGCCACAUGGAUCUGGUUCAGGAGCUGCUGGAGCGGGGAGCCAGCGUUGACGCAGCCACUAAGAAAGGAAACACAGCCCUCCACAUCGCAUCUCUGGCUGGUCAGGGAGAAGUCGUGAAGACUUUGGUCAAACGUGGGGCGGACAUCAACUCACAGUCACAGAAUGGGUUCACUCCACUGUAUAUGGCCGCUCAGGAGAACCAUCUGGACGUGGUGCGGUACCUACUGGAGAACGGAGGCAACCAGAGCACAGCUACAGAGGAUGGCUUCACCCCACUGGCCAUUGCCUUGCAACAGGGCCAUAACCAGGUGGUGUCCAUUUUACUGGAGAAUGACACCAAGGGGAAAGUGCGCCUGCCUGCCCUGCACAUUGCCGCGCGCAAAGACGACACCAAAUCUGCCGCACUACUGCUCCAGAAUGACCACAAUGCGGAUGUACAGUCCAAGAGUGGAUUCACCCCCCUGCACAUCGCGGCUCACUAUGGGAAUGUAAACGUGGCCACUCUUUUGCUAAACAGAGGAGCAGUGGUGGACUUCACAGCGCGGAAUGGCAUUACUCCUCUUCAUGUGGCUUCUAAGCGUGGGAACACUAACAUGGUGCGCCUCCUAUUGGACAGAGGCUCUCAGAUCGAUGCUAAAACCAGGGACGGUCUGACUCCACUUCACUGUGCAGCUCGCAGUGGACAUGACACAGCUGUGGAACUGCUGCUGGAGAGGGGAGCCCCCCUGCUGGCCAGGACCAAGAACGGUCUGUCCCCUCUGCACAUGGCGGCUCAGGGUGACCACGUGGAGUGCGUCAAACACCUGUUGCAGCACAAGGCACCUGUUGAUGAUGUCACGCUGGACUACCUGACUGCCCUGCACGUAGCUGCUCACUGUGGACACUACCGAGUCACCAAACUACUGCUGGACAAGAGAGCCAACCCCAACGCACGUGCCCUGAAUGGCUUCACUCCACUACACAUCGCCUGUAAGAAGAAUAGAGUAAAGGUGAUGGAGCUGCUGGUCAAAUAUGGAGCCUCUAUCCAAGCCAUCACGGAGUCUGGUCUCACCCCAAUACAUGUGGCAGCUUUCAUGGGCCACCUCAACAUCGUCCUGCUGCUGCUGCAAAAUGGAGCCUCCCCGGAUGUCUCCAACAUUCGAGGAGAGACUGCACUACAUAUGGCAGCAAGAGCAGGCCAAGUCGAAGUGGUCCGAUGUCUGCUGAGGAAUGGUGCCAUAGUGGAUGCUCGGGCACGGGAGGACCAGACACCCUUACAUAUCGCAUCACGACUGGGUAAAACAGAGAUUGUUCAGCUCCUGCUCCAGCACAUGGCCCACCCUGACGCUGCCACCACCAAUGGCUACACCCCCCUCCAUAUCUCAGCUCGUGAGGGGCAGGUGGAGACUGCCUCUGUGCUGCUGGAGGCAGGGGCGUCACACUCACUUGCCACUAAGAAAGGCUUCACUCCCCUUCAUGUGGCAGCGAAGUAUGGAAGCCUGGAUGUGGCCAAACUUCUGCUGCAGCGCCGUGCCCCACCAGACUCUGCUGGAAAGAAUGGACUCACUCCGCUCCAUGUUGCAGCUCAUUAUGAUAACCAGAAGGUGGCUCUUCUGCUGUUGGAUAAGAAUGCAUCACCCCACACCAUGGCCAAGAACGGCUACACCCCUCUCCACAUCGCGGCCAAGAAGAACCAGAUGGAGAUUGCUACAGUGCUGCUGGACUAUGGAGCAGAGACCAACAUCCUGACCAAACAGGGUGUGACCCCUCUGCACCUAGCCUCUCAGGAGGGGCAUGCAGAGAUGGCCGCUCUACUGCUCAGCAAGGGGGCGCAGGUCAACACCCCCACCAAGAGUGGCCUGACUGCCCUUCACCUCGCGGCUCAGGAGGAUAAAGUGUCUGUGGCUGAGAUCCUGGUUCGACACGGAGCUACCCUCGACCAACAAACCAAAUUGGGCUACACGCCACUUAUUGUAGCAUGUCACUAUGGUAACGGCAAGAUGGUGAACUUCCUGUUACAGAAUGGAGCCAGUGUGAAUGCCAAAACAAAGAAUGGAUACACUCCCCUUCACCAAGCAGCCCAGCAGGGAAAUACACAUAUCAUCAAUGUGUUGCUGCAGUACGGAGCCAAGCCCAAUGCCAUCACUGUGAAUGGUAACACUGCUCUGGGAAUUGCCCGGAGGCUUGGCUACAUCUCUGUGGUGGACACACUCAGAGUAAUCACGGAGGAGAUCAUCACCACCACUACAACGGUGACAGAGAAGCAUAAACUCAAUGUACCAGAAACCAUGACUGAAGUCUUGGAUGUAUCAGAUGAAGAGGGAGACGACACAAUGACAGGUGAUGGAGGGGAAUACCUGAGAGCGGAGGACCUGCGGGAGCUGGGGGAUGACUCCCUCCCAGGACAGUAUCUGGACGGGAUGAAUUACCUACGCUUCAGCUUGGAGGGGGGCCGCACUGAUAGUUCGGACAGGUCCUUCACCCCAACCCACCACAGCUAUUACUCCAAACAUGAGGGUCUGAUGGAGGAGCUGCUCAACAGUCAGCAGAUGUCCUCCCUGGCCAGAGAGAAUGACAGAGAGAACUACAGGCUGAGCUGGGGCACAGAGAACUUGGACAAUGUGGCCCUGUCCUCUAGCCCCAUCCACUCUGGGUGA